CAAAAAUUGGAAACGAAAUCUCCAAGAAGAACAUUUGCAGAUGACGUUUGCAGCUCUGCCUUAUUGACAGACUGCUUUUCUCCUUGUUUUCUUCCCCGUUUUCCUUUUGGAAGCAGCGGGCACAGAAGCUCACGCUGGCUCCAGCUGAGUGCUUGCUGUUGGCCCUGAGCCUGUUGCUAAAGAUGGACCCUCGGCAGGCUCCUCUGUCGUUGCUUUCAUGUAGUUUCUAUUUCCUUGUGUCUGUGCCUUGGCUCAUCUUGCAGUCAGCUCUCUCAGUUUAACUCCAGCAUUGCGUUCGUUUUCCUGGCUGAAGUAGAAUAAAAGACAUUAGAGAGAUGGAGGGAGCCUGCUGUGGGUCGUGGCUGCUCCUUUCCCCGGGGACAGCACCGGAUUGCUUCCAGCAGGAUAUUUUCAGAUGCUUUGUCCAACCUAGUUUCAAAUGUCUCGAGUGGCCGGGAUUCCGUUCCAACUGCCAGCUCGCAUCUGAAAGUGGAAUACAGGAGAUAGAAUUUGCUCUUUCCUGGGAGAAUUCCCCCACCUGGACACACACAGCUUUAUUUCUUACCCCUGCCUUUACCAGCUCUGUUGCUGUAAACCCACCUGUGCGGUGCUCAGGUUCACCAAAGCUCCCUCAAGGCCUCAACAGAGAGCAUCCAUGGGCAGACGGAGGGAGAAGGUGAUGGGCUUCAAGCAGCACGGCCCUGUGGGACAAGGAGCUUGCUAUGGGAUUGUCCAGGUUCCUACUGGACCGUGGUUCUGUCGGAAAUGUGAAUCUCAAGAGAGAGCCGCCAGGGUGAGAUGUGAGCUGUGUCCCCACAAAGAUGGAGCCCUGAAACGGACUGACAACGGAGGGUGGGCCCACGUUGUGUGUGCUCUGUACAUCCCGGAGGUGCAGUUUGCCAACGUGCUGACCAUGGAGCCCAUCGUCCUGCAGUACGUUCCUCACGACCGCUUCAACAAGACCUGCUACAUCUGUGAGGAGCAGGGCAGGGAGAGCAAAGCAGCUUCUGGGGCGUGCAUGGCGUGCAACCGGCACGGCUGUCGGCAAGCUUUCCAUGUCACCUGUGCCCAGAUGGCCGGCCUCUUGUGUGAGGAAGAAGUCCUGGAAGUUGACAACGUCAAGUAUUGUGGCUACUGCAAGUACCACUUCAAUAAGAUGACCUCACGGCACUCUGCAGGCAGCUCCUUCAUUGCUGGCAGGCGGAGCAGAUCCACGUCCCCCACCCAGGAGAAGCACGUGUCCCACCACGAAAGGCCAAAGAAGAGUCGUAAGGACAAAGAAAGACCUAAACAGAAGCACAAAAAACGUCCAGAAUCUCCCACCAGCCUUCCAACACCCACGGUGCCCAUCGCUGCAGAAAAGGGCUCCACCAGCCACCAUGAGGGGAGCAAAGAGACCUCAGAGGUCGGGAGAUCAGAGGUGAAAGGCAAGAAGUCCUCGAGUCAUGGCAGCAGCCACAAGGGGAAGAAGACGGGGAGCGGGAAGAGCUCGGCUGGGUUCAGCUCUGCAUCUUCCAGCAGCACCUUCCAGCCUGCAGGCACCUCCUGCAGCUCCUUGCAGUGCUCCCAGGAUUUUGUGGCAUUCCCCAAGCUAGAGCAGGACGACGAGAAGUACCGCAAGCCCGUCUCCUCCUCUUCGUCUUCCCACUGCUCCCCGCUGUAUGAGGGCCAGAAGGGGGACAUCUUUGAGCAGAAGGUGAUCUUCUCAGGCUUCGGGUCCAUCAUGCGCUUUUCCACUUCUGCUGUGAGCCAGCCGAGGGGCCGUGAUGCUUCCCCUGUGGAUUACAAAGCCUCAAACCCCAUCGGUGGCCCUUCAGCAUCAGGCAGCGUUGCCACAAGCAGCAGCCACAAGCGUAUGCCAUCCCUCAGCAUGGAAGAGGGAGAGGUGCUGAAGGAAAAGAAGCACAAAGGCAGCAAGAAAAACAAGCACGGGCCUGGCAGGCCGAAAGGGGGCAAAAGCAAAGAGAUGUUGGGUGCCCAGCUGGCUGGGUCCACGUCGACGUCCUCGUCACCGUUCUCUGGGGGUUCUCUUGUCAGCUCCAGCAUCAGCAACUCUUCGCGGCCCUUCAGCCACACGGGGAACCUGCCCAGCCUCAGCUUGGAGUCCCCGCUGCUGAGUUCAGGUAUGUUUCCCCCGAGGGCUCCAGGUGUGCUCCUCCCAGCCCUCCUCCCUUCAGCAUCACGUCUGUCUGGUGCCUGAACCUGCCUGCGCACACUGUCCGGUCCCCAUCCAUCACUCCCGGGAGCUGUAAGAACCACCUCCAGUCUUCUGUUCCCAUCGUGGUCUUCAUCCCCCGGGUCAUCUGCAUGCUUGUUGGAACUGGGCUCAUUUCAAGCCUGUCUUGCUCAAGUGCUGGAUAACUUCAGCAAGUCAAAGCUUCCUUUCUAAAGCGAUGCAGACAGGGAGAUUCCCAGGCCAAAUUGGAGCAACCGCCAUCUGACCCCAAAUGAGGGAUUCUCAGGAGUGGUUCAAGCUUAACCCUUCUUUAAAAAGCAAAACCUUUCAUCCCGGUGUGGCCACAUCCACAUAGGGUUGGAGGAUGAGCACACCAUUAACGCUGCAGAGAGGCUGCCAGCUGCCCCUGGCCUGGGAACCCAAAUCCUGAGCCCUGAUCUGCCUUGGGAGAGGUGAGAGCAGCGGGAUGUGCGGCAGGAAGGGGUUAAGGCAGCGUGCAGGGGAGGAGCCUGCAGCUCCAGGCUGAGGUUUGACACUGUUCUGGCAGCAGAACUUGUCAUCGGUCUAUUGUGGGUUGUUUGCAGAUGCUCCAAUUUAGGUC